AUGGUUGCCACUGAGACCAAGUCAGAACUGGAUCGAUUGAGAAGUCUCUGGUUUUUAUACCCAAUGUUUUAUUUCAAAAGCAUCCGUGAAUUAACAUGCUUGUUUGUUGCCGUUUGUAUUUUGACGAGCCAGUCGUUGGCAGACGACCAGGACUUUGCGGAGGAGUUUUUGAAGCGGGAAUAUUCUUUGGCAAAGCCAUACCGGGGGUUGGGGUUCUCUAGUUCUUCACAGUGGGAUCUGAUGGGCACUGCCAUGGUUACACCUGACCACGUGAGGCUGACCCCAGACCUGCAGAGCAGACAGGGAGCAGUAUGGAGUCGAAUUCCUCUGUUCUUGCGGGACUGGGAGCUCAAGGUGCACUUUAAAAUCCACGGCCAAGGAAAGAAGAAUUUUAAUGGGGACGGUAUGGCUAUCUGGCUGACCAAAGAUCGCAUGCAGAAUGGCCCUGUGUUUGGAAACAUGAACCAAUUCACUGGACUUGGAAUAUUUGUGGACACCUACCCCAAUGCAGACAAAACCCAUGAUAGGGCUUUCCCAUAUAUCUCAGUGAUGCUGGGGAAUGGGACUCUGUCAUAUGACCAUGAUCGAGAUGGACGGGCCACUGAGCUUGGAGGCUGUACGGCUCUGGUGCGCAACGCAAUCUACGACACGUUUCUCCUUGUCAGAUACUCCAAAAACAGACUCACGCUCAUGGUGGACGUCGAUGGUAAGCAGCAAUGGAAAGAUUGUGCCGACAUCACAGGACUGCAUCUACCUACAGGCUACUUCUUUGGUGCCUCCUCUGCCACUGGAGACCUGUCAGAUAACCAUGACAUCAUCUCCAUGAAGUUGUACCAGCUGGCAGUAGAGAGGACUGCUGAAGAGGAGGAAGAGGAAGAGGUCACCAUCCCCAGGGUUGACAACAUGGAACACUUCCAAGUGGAAGUCCAGGAAGAAGGGAUGAGCGGAGUCCAGUUCUUCUUCACCCUCCUUUUCUCCAUCCUAGGCCUGGGUGUGCUGGCAGUGAUCGGGCUGAUCGUUUAUGGACGCUGGAAGGAAAACAAACGCAAACGUUUCUAUUGAUCAGAGAACAAUGGAUGAGCGUAUGUUUUCAGAAUAUGUGUUUCUUAAUCAACAUAGGACACAACAAUGCAAAGACUGCCAUAGCUUUACUGAACCAUACAAUCAAAUUAACUCAAUGAACAACCUCAUGGGUCUGAAGCCCGGAGCUAAGAGAACAUAAACAGCUGAGAUGAACAGGUGAGGAGAUCGUGAACAGGUGAGCCAGCUGUGAAAUAUUUUUUUUCUUUUUUGUUUGUGUCAUGGAAGACAGAUGAGAUAAAACUUCUGUAGUAGAAUGUUUUGUGUUAAGAAUUGCUCAUCUCAACCUAAAGCACAGCGCAGUGGGUCUGCAGUAUCUGCACUAAUCGAGACACUAGAUUGAACAAGCUCACCCUGUGGUCACUUCUUACCUAACAGGACGACACAAACAAAAACUUCAGAAUCAAUCAUAGAUGCUGUGUGUAGUUUACUGACAUCAUGUUAUUAUCGGAUCGUGGUCCUGAAGUUGAAUGUGUAGAUACCUCUUACUGCCACUUGGUGCUGCCACUGUGCAGCUUUAAUCUGACCUGUAGCUGCUGUGAAGACCAAUCAACCUGUGGAUCACUGUAGACUUCUUCUUGCUGCACUGAAUAAGUCAAAUUGUUUUGAGCUCCCAUGCAUUUGAGAGCACUUUUAAGCCAGGCGAAGCACUUACAUCAGCUUUAGUGGACUUACAUGAGCUGCUUGCAAAUGUAUGAUUGAUGCAUAGCAUUGAUACAUUGCACUCUUCUGUUGUACGUCAAAGGAAGGAUUACAAGUUAGCAGGACUGUUUGAAGUGCCUAGCUAGGACCAACAAAGACAGGCUCUAACUUUAUGUUCCAGUCCUUUCUGCGGGUGUGAACUCCCCUUUUAGUUUUUUCUAUUUGGCAUCACAAGUUACUCAGCUUCAUUUACUUUCUGAAGUUACUAAGCAUUGUCAGUUAUGAUUGGUGGAUGUAAAGGUUUAUCCAAAAUCUGUUUGGCCCUGUUGUGCACUGAAUAGAAUUUUUAGUUUUCAUGUCAACAAAAACGUUUCUGUGGCACUGAAUUUCACCAGACCCUUGCUCAUAGAUGCAUCGUAAUUACAUCAAUUUAACUCGUUUGUGAUCACGCUGCUUUUCAACUUUCUUCUCCAGCAAUGAACUGUGAAAUUGAACAGCCAUAUACAGGAUCAUGACGUCAAAUGUGCGUUUAAGUAAAUUGAAGAGUAUGUGAGUAUGAAAACUGUUUGUUUAACCUGGAAUAUAACUGCUGCAAUCAUACAAGCUGGUGCCUUACCCCCCCCGUGUCCACCGGAUGCAGCUGUGUCACACUCGACUGGCGACCAGUGCGUCUCACUCAUUGCCCUCCACUAUUUUUGUGCUUUCAGCCUAUUUUUUCAUGUCUCUGAUGCAUGAAAUUCACUUUUGAAUUGACAUAAAUGUCAAUAUUUAAUGUGUAUUGGCAUUCACUAAAGAGUAACUUUCCACUACAUCCAUUUUUCAAAGGUAGUAAAGCACAUCUUAUUCUAUUAAUGUCUAUAGAUCCUAGUCCCGUUCUGUAGUUUUCAUUACAACCAAAAAAGUGCUUCCUUUUUGAAGAGAAAAGCAUUUGACCUACAAAAAAGUGAAAAGUGAAAAAAAAAAAAAAAAAAAAUCAGUGAAAAUCUCUAAUGUACCCUGGGACGCUCCACCUCCGAACUAUAUAGCGUGUUCAUGCCCACAUAUAUACACAGCACAUGAAUAUACACGUGAAAGAUUGAGAGUGCAAAUGAGAGUAGCAGUAGUACUAUGAAUCCACCUGAGUACGUAAUUAUUACAGUAUUAGUAUUACAUGAAAUUGUAAAUAGUUGCAGUAACUGGUUUAGAUAGGUGGAGACUUGGAGGAACACUGGAGAAACAAUUUGAUCGGGUGGAGUGAGGGUGUGUGUCACGGUUCCCAUGCUUGUUUUUUUUAAUUCAGUAAGUGGGUGUGUAGAAGCUAUAACAGGGUGUCGCUCUUUAAUGAUGGAGAAUCAACCGGUUUUCUUUCCUCAGCAUGAGACAGCCACAGUGUCGUGUGAGGAUAUGCCACAUGUCAAAUGAGCCUCAAACAGUGGGAAACUGCAUGUAAAACACAAAAAUGUUUAAAACAAACAACUUCAAAUAUUAUUGUCUAGCCAAUAUUGUCAGCUCAAGUGUGGACUCCUUAAAGACGCUCCACUUCAGACACAUUUACAGUGGCCGUCUGACUUGCGAGAGAGCGGUGGCACCGCCGAAACUGACAUUAACAGAAUAUUCUGAUGUAGCAUUGCACGGCUUUAACAUUGUCAGACUCGUGAUAGACAGUUAACGUUACCCACAAUGCAACUUGACCGCUGAUAUUUUAGUCUGUUAUGCUAGUAGUAGCAACUGUAGCCCUGAGCCACUCGCCUCAAGCAGAGGUGGGAAGUGAACUGCAGUCUUCUUAAGCUUUUUCAGACUUGUAGCCUUCAUCCACAGCAGUUGCUGACUCAAGUGACAUCACUUGACCUUCAAUUAAGUUUUAGUUUUUUUGUUUUUUUCUUCCGUCAAAAAAAUCUGCACUCUUGUAGAAUGACCUGUAUGUCCAGUUUGGUGGUAUGCGUCUUUGCACUUACAUUUGAAAGUAAAGUAAUAUGACAUUAUCGGUUGAGUCAUACUGUAUGAUGAUGCAAAGGCAGACCGGAUCAGAUGCAGGUAUUUUAAGCUAAAAGUUCAUCAGCACUUCUUUCAGUGUGCUUCCUGUCCACAGGCCACUCGUCUCUCAGAUUUUGUAUUUUUCUGUACAAAGCUCAUGCUCACACCAGGGGAAGAAAGUCAAGAGGCCAAAACUGCACAACCCCUUAUGGUGAAAAACUACUGUCAAGUUUGUCCUUCUCUGUGGAGAAGCAUCAGGAGUGCUCAGUAAAUGUAUGGAUGGAUAUUAAGGUCACACAACACAACCAAAAGGUUAAAACAGCACCAUUUCCCAAUUCAAGAAUUAGCUAAAUUCUUUUCACUUUUCCACGUUCACAUUUUUGUUAGUGUGAACUAUUGGGGAGAUUUUCAUUUGAUUGUAUUGUGUAUUCUCUCUUAUUUCCAUUUCGGUUCUCAAAGCUGUUUGAAGCCUUAUUGAUCAGUAGUAGAACGGUCAUGCUUCAUUUUAGCUUUCCCAACAAAACCUGCUUGUUGAAGUUUUGUGGGCAGUCAUUCUAAAAGGUUUACUGUUAUUUGUCUUUUCUAAUUGUGUGUUUAGAUGCUUUUUGUUUUUUUCUCUUUACUUUUUGUCAGACUGUGUUGUAAUCAUUAACUUCACCUUGAGCCAUCAUUGGAGCAAACAUCCCCGUAGUUAGUUAUUUAAAUAAAGUGUUAAGCCAGUUCAGUGAGGAGUGCAUGUUCUUGUCAUGCUCCUUUUAUUUCAGUAAAAGUUUCUAUGGUGACUUUG